UCUUCCUGUUCCUAUUUUCUCCCCCUUCUCCCCCUUCUCCAAAAAAAGAGGCUGGGCCAAUUGAUAGUGGAGACAAGAAUCGCGUACCCAGCCUCCCCAAUGUACAAUACGAACUCGGAACAGUUUAGCUGUCAUAAAUCUGUCAAUUUUCAAUUGAAUCGACACCGCUUCUAACAUUUCCCAAUUCCAAUUCCAAUUCCAAUUCCAAUUCCAGAUUCCAGAUUCCUUUGUUUGUUUCGUUUUCUCGCACUUGCGAUAGCCACCAAACUACGCGCCUCGUAUUACAUACUGUACAUACUGUACAUACCGUACAUACUGUACAUACCAUUCAUACCGCCACGAUUCAUGAAAUGAAAUGAAAUGAGCAGUAGUACAUCUCGUCAUCGUACCACUAUGAAUUCACCCUCCUCUAGGCCUCGUCCACGCCAGGCCCAACAACCACGUGACUACGAAGACGCAGCGGCAGCGGCAGCGUACCACAACAGCGGGAAAGCCCCGCGCUUCGAUAGCCACGACGACUUUUACGCUUUCCUCGAUAGCAAUCGAGGAGGUCCUAUGUCCGGCCUAGGUGCUAAUCCAGCCCCCAGCGCGAAUCACGGUGCUGCGAUUCAAGGCCAACCCUCACAAAUACCUCCACAGCAACAGCAGCAGCAGCAGCAUCAGCAGCAACAACAACAACAACAGCAGCAACAGCAACGCUUUAGCCAAGGCAGCCAACCUAGUAACAGCCCGUCGCAGCAGAGCAGACCGCCAUUGACAAAUUCCUUUCCCCCACAAGGAGGAAACACACCGAAUCAAUCGCGGCCUCCGUCAUAUUCAGGCAGCAGUCGUUCCGAGGAGAUGCUCGUAGCAGACCGUACCAGCGGCGACGGCAGAGUCCAGCGCCAGAAUGGCCGUCGCGCCGGACCGAGCAAGCCUGUGGCAGGACCGCGACCGCCAAGUAGCUCUGGCGGAUCCUCCCCGCCACGGAACUCAGCAGGAUACCCGACCAACCACCCGCAGAUCCAGCAAGCCCAAGCCCAAGCCCAGGCCAAAGCAGUAGCAGCAGCAGCAGCAGCAGCAUCAGCCUCCUCAGCAUCCGACCCCAGCUUAGCAGUCCCCAAUGCCAGCCUAGGCGCGUCCAUCCAGCGGCUCAAGAGCCCCAGCGUCAUGGAUUGCGUGCUGCAGCCGCUAGACCAGAAGGUGCACGAAUACGCCGAAGUGAUGCACCGCGAACAGGACGAGAUGGACCGCCUAGACGCCGAGAUCCGGGCGCUACAGGAACGACGCGCCGACGCCGAGACACGGUUCCUAGAGGCCAAGAGCAAGCACGAUGACUACCGACGGCAGUAUCUAGACGUCGAGCGUGCUAUGCGCGGUGAACCGCUACCUCCGCCUACCCCCCGGGAGCUGCCUCAACCGCACCAGGUACCGCUAGCACGACAACACACGCGGCCCAUGAGUUUCCAAGACGAUGAGGACGACGACGAUGACGAGUUUGCGCCUCCGCCGUCGUCUCAUCGUCGCAUUAACUCCCAGCAGUCAUUCGGGCGGACCUCGCAGAAGAUGAAGGGAGGUCGUUUUCGGUUUAGUUUGUUCGGAGACAAAUGAACCAGGGGUACCUGAUUUGAAAUUUAAUGCUUGAAAGAUAUUUAAAGGGAAAAGGAUGAUUGGUGUAAUAAAGAUGGAUGGACAUAAGUAAUGAUUUAUGCUAACGUCUUCCACUUAUCAAUGUAAUAUGAUGGGAUAAUGGUAACGACAAUUAGAGCAUGUGGACGGGCGUCAUGGAAAAUAAAUUUAAACUUUUUCAGGGCCUCGGCAGCUGAGACCCCCUCCAUGCUACACCUCAAUGGGAAGUGUAAUUGGACUCGGAACAAUCGAUUGGGGGAAUAAGGAAGCUAUCAAAUAAUCUAUUUUUACCUAUUAC